GCUUCCUCUUGAUGAGCAACGAGAACAGGAGCCUUCCUUAUCUGUCGACAGCCGAUAGUAAUCCAGGGCCAGUAUUGAAAAUAGCGACGACUUAUGAUCCAUGUUCGUUCAUAGUUGCAAGAGAAUCGUCGUCGAUUUGUUUUCCCCAUCCACAGAUCGACUCUACUCUCUGGUCUACCUUGUUUAGCUCCCUGUCAAUCCCUUCUUCUGCGGACCCCAAUUGUUUAACGCUCUUCACGGGGGGUCAGAAUUUUCAGUGAGAAUUAGGAUUUUCCUUUUGCUCCAACAAGGUCUUGGACUUGUGACAGUCUUUGAGACGUUGGGACUGGGAACAUCGUUAAUGUCUACUUAAUUAUUUGUUUAUGCUUUCCAUGAUUUCUGUUCUUAAUGUGGUUGAUAACUCGCGGAAUCUGAGACUCUUCGAGCUUUGUGCUUCCUAAUCAUGGAAGCUGUGAAUUACGCUUCUACUUUGCUUACCUCAACCAGGCCUUCGUUGAGCACGUCGUUCGUUUGAGCGAGUUCUCCAUUACAAAAAUCUUUGGAAUUUUCAAUGGCGUGCAGAAAUCUCAGUAGCGCAGCGUUAAUGGCAUAUACUGUCGAAAUUGGACACGGUGCUAGGUUUUCGUCCGCAGGCAGACACAAGGAGUGCCUAUCUUCGAAGAAUGGAAGGAGGUUGAUAAUAAAUGCCUGGCGUGCGAGCCCUCACCGAAUACUUUUGAGCAGACGAGCUUGUGGCAAUAAUUGGUCGUCUAGGUUUGCUAUACAAGAUGCAAAGUCGCAGUGGCAGAGCAAGAUUACAAGUGAUGGUAAUUAUUCUUCUAGAUCUUUGGGAGUAUGCAGUGCGGCUUCCAGUACUCAAGAUGUUUUCUUGGACAAGGAAGUUAGCCGUGAUGUCUCCAUUGUUACGGAUAUGUUGAACUUUCUAAACGAAUCAUGGACACCUUUUCAUGCAACAGCGGAGGCAAAGCGGCAAUUGCUGAAAGCGGGAUUUCAGCAAUUGAACGAGGAACAGGAGUGGACAGUGCAGCCCGGUGGCCGCUACUUCUUCACUCGGAACAUGUCCUCCAUCUUUGCAUUUGCCAUUGGACAAAAGUAUGAAGCUGGCAAUGGCUUUAACAUAGUGGCAGCACAUACAGACAGCCCUUGUCCUAAACUUAAGCCUGUAUCAGCAGCUUCAAAGGCAGGAUUUUUAAAUGUGGGUGUGCAAACUUAUGGCGGCGGACUGUGGCAUACUUGGUUUGAUCGAGACUUGAGUGUCGCUGGGCGUGUGCUUUUGAGAAAAAAAAACGGGACUAUAGUGCAAGGGUUGAUAAAGGUUGACCGUCCAAUCAUGCGCAUACCCACUUUGGCUAUUCACCUUGAUAGGACCGUGAACACAGACGGCUUCAAACCAAACUUAGAGACUCAUUUAGCUCCAGUGCUAGCAACCCAGAUCAAGGCCGAACUUCUUGGCAAAUCUGAGACGGGAGGCCAGUCUGAAGGUGGCAAUGGAGCCAUUAACUCCUCAAAGAAACCUCAUCAUUCAUUGCUUUUGGAGGUCCUUGCAGAGCAAUUGAACUGCUCGGUAGAGGAGAUAGUGGACUUUGAGUUGAAUGUUUGUGACACCCAACCGAGUUGCGUUGGUGGAGCUCGAAAAGAGUUCAUCUUCUCAGGCAGGCUUGACAAUCUAGCAUCGUCAUACUGUGCAUUGCGAGCCCUUCUGGAUACGUGUCCGGAUUCAGCCUCUUUGGCUGAUGAGAGCUGUAUUAGAGCAAUUGCUUUGUUCGACAAUGAAGAGGUAGGGUCAGAUUCAGCUCAAGGGGCGGGAUCACCUGUGAUGUUUCAAGCCAUGAGUCGCAUCACGAAGUGGCUCACGAGGGACACUCCUACUGAGGGCAUUGAAGAGCGUACUAUUCGAAAGUCGUUUCUUGUGUCAGCCGAUAUGGCGCAUGCUCUGCACCCAAAUUAUGCUGAUAGACAUGAAGAAAACCAUCAGCCCAAACUCCAUGAGGGUCUUGUGAUCAAAUAUAAUGCUAAUCAGCGAUAUGCCACCAACACUGUGACGGCUUUUCUCUUCAAAGAAGUGGCAAAGGUUGCUGGUGUGCCAACACAGAAUUUUGUGGUACGUAAUGAUAUGGGUUGUGGGUCCACAAUUGGCCCAAUUCUUGCUUCUGGUAUUGGCAUUCGGACGGUGGACGUUGGCAUGCCUCAAUUAUCCAUGCACAGCGUACGAGAAAUGUGCGGAACUGAGGAUGUAGACCUCUCCUAUCGACACUUUAAGGCCUUUUAUGAGCUCUUCACUACUAUUGAUAAGCUAACUGUAGAUUCGUAACUGUUAGAGUCUGAGCCUGGCUUAGUAAGAUUUCGAUUCUUUGCUUUGAUGGCAAUAUUUGUUUUAACCUUUAUAUCGACCUGUUUCAAUUGACGUCAACAAAAUUAUGUUUUGGCACGUUGCAUGCAAAUCUGGGGCACAAGUCGUGAUCGAACAAGCUCUCGAUUGCAUGAUGUUGGAGGCCUAGAGAAUGUUUGAACUAUCAGACUGCAGUGACUUGUCACAGAAAGCUGUUCAAAUUAGUUUGUGUUUCUUUCCUCAAA